AUGCGAAAGGCUGUUUGCUCAAGGGCGUUCAAGGGCACAGGUGGGCUUGGGCAACUGGCUGUGGCCUCCCUGAGGCGAUGUGCGUCCUGCAUUCGUCCCCAUGGCUGGUCCCCGGCCACUGACACGCUCUCUCCUCUCUCCCAGACCAUCAUGGAGCAGUUCAACCCCAGCCUGCGGAACUUCAUCGCCAUGGGAAAGAACUACGAGAAGGCCCUGGCAGGUGUCACCUACGCUGCCAAAGGCUAUUUCGACGCGCUCGUGAAGAUGGGAGAGCUGGCCAGCGAGAGCCAGGGCUCCAAAGAACUCGGAGAUGUUCUCUUCCAGAUGGCCGAAGUCCACAGGCAGAUCCAGAACCAGCUGGAAGAAAUGCUGAAGUCCUUUCACAAUGAGCUGCUCACACAGCUGGAGCAGAAGGUGGAGCUGGACUCCAGGUACCUGAGUGCCGCGCUGAAGAAGUACCAGACGGAGCAGAGGAGCAAAGGGGACGCGCUGGACAAGUGCCAGGCCGAGCUGAAGAAGCUGCGUAAGAAGAGCCAGGGCAGCAAAAACCCCCAGAAGUACUCGGACAAGGAGCUGCAGUACAUCGACGCCAUCAGCAGCAAGCAAGGCGAGCUGGAGAGCUACGUGUCGGACGGGUACAAGACGGCGCUCACCGAGGAGAGGCGGCGGUUCUGCUUCCUGGUGGAGAAGCAGUGCGCCGUGGCCAAGAACGCCGCCGCCUACCACUGCAAGGGCAAGGACCUGCUGGCGCAGAAGCUGCCGCUGUGGCAACAGGCCUGCGCCGACCCCAACAAGAUCCCGGACCGCGCCGUGCAGCUGCUGCAGCAGCUGGCCAGCAGCAACGGCGCCAUCCUCCCCGGCACCCUGUCGGCCUCCAAGUCCAGCCUGGUCAUCUCCGACCCCAUCCCGGGGGCCAAGCCCCUGCCGGUGCCCCCCGAGCUGGCCCCGUUUGUGGGGAGGCUGUCCGCCCAGGAGAACGCUCCCAUCAUGAACGGCGUCUCGGGCCCGGACAGUGAGGACUACAGCCCCUGGGCUGACCGCAAGGUGGCCCAGUCCAAGUCCACGUCUCCCCCACAGCCUCAGACCAAGAUGAGCGAUUCCUACUCCAACACGUUGCCUGUGCGCAAGAGCGUAGCCCCGAAAAACAGCUACGCCACCACUGAGAACAAGACACUGCCCCGCUCCAGCUCCAUGGCGGCCGGCCUGGAGCGCAAUGGCCGCAUGCGGGUGAAGGCCAUUUUCUCCCACGCGGCCGGAGACAACAGCACCCUGCUGAGCUUCAAGGAGGGUGACCUCAUCACGCUGCUGGUGCCCGAGGCCCGGGACGGCUGGCACUACGGCGAGAGCGAGAAGACCAAGAUGCGGGGCUGGUUCCCCUUCUCCUACACCCGGGUCCUAGACAGCGAUGGCGGUGACAGGCUGCACAUGAGCCUGCAGCAGGGCAAGAGCAGCAGCACCGGGAACCUCCUGGACAAGGAUGACCUGGCCCUCCCGCCCCCCGACUACGGCACAUCCUCCCGAGGCUUCCCCUCCCAGACAGCCGGCACCUUCAAGCAGAGGCCCUACAGCAUGGCUGUGCCCGCCUUCUCUCAGGGUCUGGAUGACUACGGGGCACGGGCCGUGAGCAGCGGCAGCGGCACGCUGGUGUCCACAGUGUGAGGACGCUGACCACGGGCAGCUGCUGCUCGGAAGAGCUUCCGCGCCCCCCCCCCAAUCUGUCUGGUCUCCAUCGGUUUCCUCCUCAGCUCUCGCUGGUUUGUUCUUGGGUCAUUUUUCUUCCCCACCUGCUCCCUCUUGCCUUUUGGUUGGUGACCCCAGACCCUGAGAUCCCCAGGGUCCAUGGUGCUGCCCCAUCUCUGCUCCGUGUUUACACGCCCCACACGUGUCCCGCCAGCCGGCAGCGUGGAGCGUGUCCUGGCCUCUGCCCCCCACCUGCCAUGGCCACGACGCUCAGCCCCUUUCAGAGGCUCACCGUGAGCCAGCUCUGAAGUUUGAAGAAAAAGAAAAACCUUUAAAAAAAAAACCAAAAAAAACAGAAAAAAAACCUGAAAACAGGAAAAGGACUUUUUUCCUAAAAACAAAAACAGAAAAACAGAUAUGCAUGGACUCCGGUGUACGUACUGUUAUUUCUGCAUCUGACUCCCCCAGCACCCGCUGGCGUCUGUCAGAACAGGGAAGGAAUGGGGCUCCCAGAGGCCCACGGCCCUCUGGGCCCGUCCCGGGGCCACACCCCACGCGGGGCCUCCUGAGGAAGCUGGCGCUCCUGUGAGGGAGGCUGUGGCCCUGGCCCAGCCCAGCCCGCGCUGCCAGGCCGGGCUCCUGAGGGUUUCCUUCUCCGUGGACGCUGUUGGACCGUGUACAGAGACCAGAGCGUGGGUGCCACUUCAGGCGUGGCGACCGCACACAGCGCCCUGGUGGGAGGGGGUCGGGAGCAGGCACUGCCCGGCUGCACGCGGACAUUCCAAAGACUCCAGAGACCACCCCACCCCACCUGUUCUGGAAAUCGGUUCUUUAACCAGCCUCGUGAGGGAGCCUCGGCCACCCGGCCACACAGGGCAGGGGCCCGGCCAGACCUGGCAGGGCCAACCGUGAGGGGGGCUUUGGGCACUCCGCCCACACGCCUGCCACCCCCAGGGAAGCAGGCAGUCCCUGCCACCAUCCCCCCUAAAUGCUCUCAUCUUUUUGUGUGUCUUGGUGGCUUCAGAAAGAGACACGCUGGACUCAGUGGCUACUGGUAUUGCCUCCUCACACACUGAAUCCGGGAAGCAAGUGAGGGGGCAGCCCCCGGCCUUCCCGCCACGGAGCCCCGGGAAACUGCAGACGCUCCUUUAAUGAUGAGUUAGCAAGAGCCGCCCGUGGACUUUGGACGUGGCCCGUGGAUUGGGACGUGGCUGGUAGCGUUUGUGACGGAAGCCGCCCAAGACACAGACCGUUUUAUACUUAAGGGAAACACAAAGCCAGAACGUGGACCUGUGUAAAAAGAACCUGUGUUGGUGGUCUAACCUUGCUAACAGAUCCCAAAUCCAGGGGACUCCACGCUCGAUGGAUGAAUGUAGACCCAAAACCGCAAAACUUGUACGAAGAUGUAAAGUGCUGAAGAUACUUUUCCCGUUUCUUUUUUUUUAAAACUGAGUUGUGCCCUGUACUGCAGUGGUUUGAAUAAAAGUUUUAUUUAUUGCAUCAA